GAGGGAGUGUCAGUUGGAUUUCACAAGGCCACAGAGAAAGCUAUUGCAGCAGUGCUGCUUGGAUGCAUCCACACACUAGCACGGAUCUGACUAGCACAGUUGGCUAUGACAGCAUCAUUCAACAUUUGAACGAUGGCAGGAAGAACUGCAAAGAGUUUGAAGACUUUCUGAAAGAAAGGGCAGUUAUAGAAGAAAAAUAUGGCAAAGAGCUCAUUAACUUAUCGAAGAAGAAGCCCUGCGGGCAGACGGAGCUGAAUACCCUGAAGAGAUCCCUGGAUGCUUUCAAGCAACAGAUAGAUAAUGUGGGACAAGGUCACAUCCAACUGGCACAAACUCUACGGGAGGAAGCAAAGAAAAUGGAGGAAUUCAGGGAAAAGCAAAAGCUUCAUCGAAAAAAGAUAGAGCUCAUAAUGGAGGCGAUUCACAAGAACAGGAAUUUGCAGUACAAGAAGACCAUGGAGGCCAAGCGGCUCUAUGAGCAGCGCUGCAGGGAUAAGGAUGAAGCAGAGCAGGCUGUGCACCGCAACGCAAACCUUGUCACACAGAAGCAGCAGGAGAAGCUCUUCCUGAAGCUGGCUCAGACAAAAUCAGCUCUGGAAGAUUCAGACAGGAGUUACCAGCAGAGCAUUACUUCACUUGAGAAGAUCCGGGAAGAAUGGCAGAAAGAGCACAUCAAGGCUUGUGAGUUCUUUGAGACUCAGGAGUGUGAGCGCAUCAGCUACUUCCGCAAUGCCCUCUGGCUUCACGUCAACCAGCUUUCCCAGAGCUGUGUCCAGAAUGAUGAGAAGUAUGAGGAAAUCCGCAAAAGCUUAGAAAUGUGCAGCAUUGAGAAGGAUAUUGAGUUUUUUGUAAAUUUACGCAAGACUGGAAGUUCGGCGCCAGCUCCCAUUGUUUAUGAAAACUACUACAAUACUCAGAGGAAUGUGACUCCUGUGAGAAGUCCAGCUUCUGUACCUAUAUCAAGGAGGGGGCCUCUACCCACCCCGACCAGUGGACCAGGUGAUCCUGAUUAUGCCACAAUUGAUGGCUACAGCUUGAUACACCAUUAAUAGCCACUGUUCUUCAGGCAGAAGAUAUUGUUGGUCUGGCCAGCAUGGCAGAAUUGGUUUUUCAGUUAUUCCCAGCAACACAGAGCUGCAGCGCUUCUCCAUUUCAAGAAAAUAUUUGAGGACUCUGAUAAUGAUUUGUACAUGUAGAAAGUACCUACUAAAAAUCUUCUCCUUUGAUCAGAAGACUGCUUGGACGGAUAUCCUGUCUUCAUACUCAGGAUUGGGGGGG